AUGAGAUACAAACGACUCCUUAAUCAUAUCCAAUUACGUUCAAAUUCCGAAGAAAUUCGGUCCCUAGGUAAAUUAAUCAAAGUAAUCCAGUCCUUGAGAUUUAAAGUAACACAAAAAUUAUUAAAAAAAAUUUUUUUAAAGUUCAUUAAUAACCCAAAAUGGAGGUCCCUACUUGACCAUAUUGAUGUACAUAUUAUUCCUGUAUUAAAUCCAGAUGGAUAUGAAUAUACUUGGACAAGAGAUAGACUUUGGAGACAUACACGUUCUGGCCCAUACAAAACAACAAAAGUUUGUGGUAUUGGAGAUGCUCCACUCUGUUAUGGAGUAGAUCCUAACAGAAACUUUCCUUAUCAUUGGGCAGAAACGGGAACAGAUCCGUGCCCUUGCAGUGAAGUUUACCCAGGCCCAACACCCCUUUCCGAACCGGAAUGUGCACAUUUAGCAGCUUAUAUGAAUAAAAACAAAAAUAAUUUAAAAGCAUAUUUAACAUUACAUGCGUAUGGGAAUUUAAUAAUCCAUGGUUGGAAUUAUGCUGCAAGGACAUAUCCAGAUAAUGUUGAAGACUUGAGAUUAGUGGCUGAAAAAAUGGCAAAAGCAAUUGUCCAGGAAGGAGGGGCUCCUUUUAAAAUUGGAAGUGCACCUGACAUUUUAUACGAAGCUGCAGGUGGAAGUGACGAUUACGCAACAAGUUUGGGCGUUAAAUAUUCCUAUACUAUGGAAUUAACUUCUGGACGUUACGAUAAUUUAUUUGGAGGGUUUAUCUUUCCGGAAAGGGGAAUUAAGAAAGAAGCAGCUAAAGUACUUCCGGGAAUUUAUCAACUUGCAUUUCAAGUUUACAAAGAUGAUUUGAAAUUAUAA